AUGGACUCUUUUUUGGACUAUGCGCAGUACGGCUUGACGCAGCUGCUGACGUUCACUGCUCGCUUUUUGAGCUUUGUUAUCCCACUCCUGUUCCGAUUCACACAAACGCACCCUACCAUCACCAACGUCUUAGGUUAUGUUCUGGCGGCUUACAUAUCGUGGAAACUGCUGUGUCACCUGUGGACGGUGAUCAAGCGAAUUAUGCUAGUAUUUGUGAUUAUUUUUGCCGUUUUGCUCUGGUCGCGAGGCCUCCACCAGGUGGUGUCGCACGACGUGCCAGUGCUGAUGCAAUACUUGGAACCUAAGGCGAGUUUACCAGAUUUGUGGAAUCGGUUCAUCUAUUAUGUUCACCCAGCUCAUUUCAAGCAUUACUACUCGACGGCCCUCCGGUACCAUCUGGAAACGCUCAGAGACCGGUCUUUGCAGGUACUGGCCAGUAUGUCAAACUAA